AAGAGGACAAUUGGAAACGUAUAGUAUUGCGAUGCCAAAGCAGUUUGAUACACACCAGAAGACCUAUACCAGAUUUAAAGGUGGCAUUUGAAUCUCCUGGUUCUCACUUUUCAUUGUUUUCUGCACUUGUGAGGAAUUUCUCUGGAAUUUUUAUCAAGUGCGCUUUUGGCUCUUAUUUGUGGUGCCAACUGAAAGUUGAAAAGUGGAGAUGAAUUCUACCGCUUUCAAUCAAACGGAGAGUUCAGGACUUUUCAAUAACACUGAAGAUAUUUUUUGCUGUAACUUUUCAUCAGUGGUGACUGAUAAUGGCUUCGUGGCGCCGACUCCGGAUGAGAGAAGUCUCUUUCUCAUGAGAGUUGUCCAGAUUGCGGUUAUGUGCGUGUUAUCGCUCACGGUGGUUUUCGGUAUAUUCUUUUUGGGCUGCAACCUUCUCAUCAAGUCAGAGGGAAUGAUCAACUUUUUGGUGACGGACAGAAGACCAUCCAAAGAGGUAGAAGCAGUCAUUGUUGGGGCAUAUUAGUAGCCCAAAGAGCGCUUUUGGAGACUUUGUCAAAAUUAUUUGUCCUACCACUGAUGCCCCGAUGAUGAAUCCAGUUUUCACCAACAGCGGAGACAGAGAGAAAUGAAUGGUCAAUAUCCACAUAAGAUCCAGUUUCCAUUGUUCUGUUCUUGUCAGUUGAUGAAAAUGUAGGAUCCAGCAGGUGACUGAACAGUCACUGGACCAUUGUCGCUCCUGCAUCAUGUUGUGGCAAACAUAUUAUAUCUCUCACUUAAAAUAUAACCGAAAUUAUCUCUCACUUUUUGUUAAAGACAAACAAACAAUGUAAUUUGAAUUGUACUGUAAUUUGAAUUGGACGCACUCUAAUUGUUAUAGUCUAUUUGUCAAAGUGACAAUCGUUUUUUACUUCAAACACUGUCUCGUAUUGCUAAAGCAAUGGGGAUGAAUGAAUGUUUGAAAAAUACAUAUCGUAUGUGUUUUUGCAUACAAUAUGCAAGUCAGUAUAAUGAUUUAGUCAAUGUGUCUAAUGGGUUUCCUAUUGAACGUUUGUAAAUAGUGAGUGGUUAAAUGCAUGAACGGUGGAUAUAUAAUAAAACAACAGUAGUUGUUUGUUUAUUGGAAUAAAUUCAUUAUGUAAUUAUGUUGAAGUUUUCCUUUUGAUUAAUUCAGAAUUUCCAUCAAUCUGUUCUCAGUGUUCAUUUGAGACAAUCAUGGCUACUGAAGAGCUAUUUCAAUUGUAUUGAGAUCAUUCUGAUUACAAAGUCCUUCAAAUUAUAACAUUUCUACUGUAUCAAUAUAUUAAACAUGUAUUGUUUAUUAUUUUAAUUUUACCACAUUUAUUUUUGCAGUAUAUUCUACUGAAAGUGUGCAAAUGUCAUAAUUGACAGGGCACAUUGAGAGAAAAUGUGUGACAUUAGCACCUUGUUGGAGAUUGUGUCUUGUAGCCUAAUGGUGAACCACUGAAACCAAUGUGAUGAGCAGGGUUGGUUUUUCCAGGAUUGAUGUGUGAGGUCCUAGUCCCAUUGAUCAGUCUGGGGUUUAAUGGAAACCUGCCUGACAGUGUUUGUACCAUAUCAGAUGCUCAGAAAACAUAUACACUCUAAAUGAUGGGUUAGAAACAACCCAACAAUUCUUAAGCUGUCGGAUAUGCAGUAUGACCACAUUUAGACCCCUAUUUGUCUGGGGACCUUGAACAUGAUUAGGUCACAAAUGUAUGGUGGAAUGACAAUCCACUAUAUAGGACUUAUCUUAGUUUGAUCAAUUCAUUCUCUCUAACGUGAUGGGCUCAUGUUUUCUUUAACAGUCUUAGACAUAUGCACAUUAUUAAUGUUUUUGUGGUUUAGAUGGCUUGAAAUACAUGUUAUGUAUUGCACUGCAGUCAGAGAUUGUGACAUUUUCUAAUUUUCUGUCUGUAUUAUGAAGUUGUUCCUGUAUAGACCAUUGUGCGGCUUCUUUUCCCUCAGUGAAAGCAUCUGUUUUUCUGCUCCUGGCUCAUCUCACCUGGGCACCAGCACCCCCCCCAGC